UUUCCAAUUCUUGGAGCGAUGGCAACGUGUCGAUAUGUACAGGUGCGGCCGCUGGCGCCGCCAGACGUGAUCUUGUGCCGUGACCUGUGCACGGACAUGGACGUAGUGCUGAAGCGGAAUGAAAGCACCCCCGUGGACGCCGGCGUCGAGUGUGCGAUCUACCACAUGCUCCAUGCCGCAGGAGGACACCAGAACAUUCUGCCCCUUCUCGAAUGCAUCCACGACGACGACUCGCACGUGUGCCUCGUGCUGGAGUACUGUCCGAACGGCGAUCUAUUCGACCUUGUCCUUGCAAACAAGCGCAUUGGCACCCACAUGUCCCUCGUGUACCUCGAGCAACUCUCGUCGGCGGUUGUGACACUCCACGCGCUCGGGUACGCGCACGGCGAUCUGUCCUUAGAAAACGUCCUUCUUGGCCGGGACAUGCAAGUUCAACUCAUGGAUUUUGGCGCGGCGGUUCCGCUCCAUGUUCCUACGACCUGGGCUGGUGGCAAGCGCAACUAUAUGGCGCCGGAAAUCUUCACUGGAUUGCCAUGGGACCCCGCGGCUGCGGACGUGUGGGCCCUUGCGAUGACGUUCUUUGCCAUGCUCACGGGUGACUUUCUCCUGGACGACUCAGUCGUUCGCGACCCGAUCUACCCUAUUCUCGUUCAACAAGGCUUCCGCGGCGUCCUCCAUCAUAUGCCGCAGUGGGCAGCGCUUGUUCCCGAAGCCUUCGUGCCGCUCCUCGAGCAAAUGCUUCUAGUCGACCCGCGCGCGCGCCUCUCCAUGACGUCGGUGUUGCAGUACGCCAAAUUUCUCUUGGCGCUCCUCCUCCAUGAAGAGUCUGCGUCGUUGCGACCACCCUCGCCGACUCGGUCGCAUUCCCCGCGCCACAAGAUCAUGCGUCCUCGGACGUUGUAUCGAUUCAACGAUAUUUAUGCGCGGAUUCCUGCCGCCGCCACGACACCCGCGUUUAUCCGUUGCAUCUGAAUACUUCCUUAUUUAAAAUGAUAUUCUAUAAAUGAAACAAAUGAGUCUCGUCAUUUUCAUCGGUAUUGCACAAGACGCAUGGCGGUCUGGGGGCGGCGCGGUGGCAAGGCCGUCGCCGCCGACUUGUCGGCCUGUCGCCUCUGCUGUACUUGUUGGUGAUGCUGUAGUUGCAACUUGGACGGAAUCGCAUGAUGGUACCCCAAGUGCCCCGUCGCAUUGAGCAUGGCCUCGGUGGACGUGCCGCUAGUCGUCGAAGGACGCCGUCGCGGGGUCGGCCGGUACCCCGUCAUGGGUGCGACGACGCCCAAGCCCACACUCUUGUUGAGGCUGAGUUCCCAUCGUGAUACUCCCAGGGAUUUCCAUAGGCGUGGGGUAUCAGCUGCCCGAUACCAGCGAAAGCACACUUGCAUGGCCAUGCCCAACGACCUACGAGUGACAACCUUGAAAGUAACUUGACCAAGCGAUGACGCAGAGUAGUAAGUACCUAGUGUCGAGGAACGAGAGGAUGGCUUCGCGGUGAGCAGACCGCAGGGCCGCGUCGCCAUCGGGAGCUGAAUAAGGAGAAAGAAACCAAGUCUCAACAGUG